AUGGCCUCCUCAGCCGAAGGCAACGCCGAGACCAAGCCGGCCACCUUUGCCGGUCGCCUUAACCUCCAGGCCUUUGCCUUUGACACGGCCUCCUCCCCCAGCUCCCUCCGUCGAAGCCCGCGCCACCACGAUACCUCGGGUAGCCCCCAAGCCCUACUCGCCCCCGCCGGCGCGACCGACGCCGACGCCGUCUCCUACUCAAGCUUGAAGAGGAGAGGCAUCAGCUCCGACGCUUCGGCGGGGUCAUCGCCCUCUCCGACCAAGAAGCGCGGGGCCGCGCGGGGCCGGUCGUCAGGGUACGCGCCACCCUCGGUCUACGCGCAUCUCAAGGGCCUGACGGACGCCCUGGGCCCGGACCUGCUGGUGAUGAUGGUGGGGCUAAACCCGGGCGUGCGCACGGCGCAGUCGGGCCACGCGUACGCGCAUCCCUCGAACCUGUUUUGGAAGUUGAUGCACAGCAGCGGCGUGACGACGCGGCUGUGCCGGCCCGAAGAGGACCAGGACAUGCCGCGGCUCUUCCACGUGGGGCUGACCAACAUCGUGGCCCGCCCGAGCCGCAACGGGGCCGAGCUGAGCAAGGGCGAGAUGGACGAGGGCGUCGCCGUGCUCGAGGCCAAGGCGCGGGCGUGGCGCCCCGAGGCCGUGUGCUUCGUCGGCAAGAGCAUCUGGGAGAGCGUCUGGCGCGUCAGGCACGGCCGCGCGCUCGCCAAGAAGGAGUUCAAGUACGGUUGGCAGGACGAGAGCGAAAUCUUUGCCUCUGUGCCCGGGGACGGGGACGGGGACGAAGGAUGGCGGGGGCGAGGGGCCGUCCAGAUCUUCUUUUGA